AUGUUUUCCUAGAGAUGUCAGCCUACAAAGGACACAAUCUCUCUUCUUCAAAUUCCUCCCCAAAAUGUCCUUUGCCAACAGCUCUCCUGCUGCUAAUACUUUUUUAGUAGAUUCCUUGAUCAGUGUCUGCAGGAGUGACAGUUUUUAUUCCAGCAGCGCCAGCAUGUACAUGCCACCACCUAGCGCAGACAUGGGGACCUAUGGAAUGCAAACCUGUGGACUGCUCCCAUCUCUGGCCAAAAGAGAAGUGAACCACCAAAAUAUGGGUAUGAAUGUGCAUCCUUAUAUACCUCAAGUAGACAGUUGGACAGACCCGAACAGAUCUUGUCGAAUAGAGCAACCUGUUACACAGCAAGUCCCCACUUGCUCCUUCACUACCAACAUUAAGGAAGAAUCCAAUUGCUGCAUGUAUUCCGAUAAGCGCAACAAACUCAUUUCUGCCGAGGUCCCUUCGUACCAGAGGCUGGUCCCCGAGUCCUGUCCCGUUGAGAACCCCGAGGUUCCCGUCCCUGGAUAUUUUAGACUGAGUCAGACCUACGCCACCGGGAAAACCCAAGAGUACAAUAACAGCCCUGAAGGCAGCUCCACUGUCAUGCUCCAGCUCAACCCUCGCGGCGCGGCCAAGCCGCAGCUCUCGGCCGCCCAGCUGCAGAUGGAGAAGAAGAUGAACGAGCCCGCGAGCGGCCAGGAGCCCGCCAAAGUCUCCCAGGUGGAGAGUCUCGAGGCCAAGGGCGGCCUGCCCGAGGAGAGGAGCUGCCUGGCUGAGGUCUCCGUGUCCAGCCCCGAAGUGCAGGAGAAGGAAAGCAAAGAGGAAGUCAAGUCUGAUACUCCGACCAGCAAUUGGCUCACUGCAAAGAGUGGCAGAAAGAAGAGGUGCCCAUACACUAAGCACCAAACGCUGGAAUUAGAAAAAGAGUUCUUGUUCAAUAUGUACCUCACCCGCGAGCGCCGCCUAGAGAUCAGUAAGAGCGUUAACCUCACCGACAGGCAGGUCAAGAUUUGGUUUCAAAACCGCCGAAUGAAACUGAAGAAGAUGAGCCGAGAGAACCGGAUCCGAGAACUGACCGCUAACCUCACCUUCUCUUAGGUCCGAGGCCGCGCGGAGGCCGGGAUAGGAGAGGGAGCACCGCGUUCCAGGGCCGAGUGCUGGAGAACUGGGAAGGCGGAAACAAAAUCUUCUUUGCUCUUUGUUUUCUGUUUUGUUUUGUUUUGUUUUCCUGCUAGAAUGUGACUUUGGGGUCAUUCUGUUCGUGCUGCAAGUGAUCUGUAAUCCCUAUGAGUAUAUAUAUAUUAAAAAAAACCCUAGCACGUGUAAUUUAUUAUUUUUUUCAUCGUAAUGCAGGGUAACUAUUACUGCGCAUUUUCAUUUGGGUCUUAACUUAUUGGAACUGUAGGGGCAUCCAGCCAGCCAGCCAUCCAUCCAUCCAUCCAGCCAUCCAGCCAUUCAUCCAGCAAUGUGACUUUUUCAAGUUUUUCCUAACGCAAAAGGUCUCUGUGUGUGGCUAGUCCAUGAUUUUAUGGCGUUUUGAAUACAUCCAGUACUUUCAAAAUUACAUAUAUAUAUAUGAAAGAAUAAGAAAACCUACAAGCUUUGGGGGGAGGGGGACUAAAAAAGCACAUUACAAUGUAUCUUUUCACAAAUGAAUUUAGCAAUUGUCUUUGGUGAGAUGGAAUAUUGACGACUUAUGCCUUGUAGCCUUUCCCUUGUGGUGCAUCUGUGGUUUGGUAGAAGUACAACAGCAACUUGUCCUUUCUGUGCAUGUUCUGGUCGCAUGUAUAAUGCAAUAAACUCUGGAAACGAGUUC